AUGCGCCUCGUCGUCGCUUCCCUACGCCAGGCGCUAAGUCGUCGCGCCUUCUCUCACUCGGUCAGCCAUGCUUCGACACCUACCUCAGUACCUCGUGUAGCCUCGGUCUGGCAAUCCGUCAUUCCCAAGGCCUUCAGAAAACCCGACGACCCCGUCUCUGUCGCCGAACGCCAGAAGGCCCAAGCAAUGAAGUCCAAGGAUUGGAACCCUGCUACCUUCUUCAUUGUUAUUGCGCUUCUGAUCGGCUCAAACGCUAUCCAGAUGAUUGCCUUGAGAAAUGAACGUCAAGGUUUCACACGCAAGACAGAAGCGAAGAUUGCUCUCCUCCGGGAGACGAUCGACCGUGUUCACCGUGGAGAAGAUGUCGAUGUGGAACGCAUCCUAGGAACUGGCGACCCGGAAAAGGAGCAAGAAUGGGAGGAGGUCAUGCAAGAACUCGAGUCGGACAACAUUCUGUGGAAGAAGAAGAGGGGUCCACAGGCACAGCAACAAGACGAAGCUCCAGCUCAAGCUCAACAGGCAUUGGCAGUCGAGAGUCCUAAGAUGGUCACACAGGUUUCCACUCCCGAGCCUCAAACUGCUGCUCGACGACCUGGUUUCUUCUAG